AUGGGUAAAUUAUUACUGCAAAAAGAAACCCAGUAUUAUGGAGUACGGUCUGUCGGUCAACGCCCUAUUGCGCCUGGUAAAAGUUUCUUCUACACUUUCAAGGCAGACUUGUACGGUACUUCGUGGUAUCACAGCCACUACUCCGCGCAAUAUGCUGCGGGCAUUGCUGGACCUACGAUCAUAUAUGGACCUUCCAACGCACAUUACGACAUAGAUGUUGACCCGGUCGCUGUGAGCGAUUGGUACCGCAAGGAAUACUUUGACACCGCUCAGGCAGAGGUGAUGGCAGACGGGCCUCCGCCACGAUUUGACAACAACAUGGUCAACGGAAAGGGAGACCUCAAUUGCAUCGUACCGAGUAACUGGGACUUCGAUCUGCCUCCACCAGCUUUGAAGGUAUCUCUCGAAUUUGGAAGAAUGCGGGUAAAGCAUGAACCUGCUUUUGGACAGAUCGUGGAGACGGCGGGAUUUUGCUCCGGCAUUCUAACAGCAGCUGUGGUGGCUUCGUCACCUUCCGUACUAGAAUCUAUCGACCAUGGUGUGGAUGCGUUUCGGUUAGCUUUCUGGACUGGCUUUCAAAGCGCCGUCUAUUGCGAGCGAUUAUUAGGCCGCUCUUGGAAGAUCAUCCGUGGUCUUUGGUUGUAUUUGGUCUAG